GCUCGAGCCGCCGAGGGGGGAGGAGUGUGUCGCUGCGCCUCGCCGGGUUACUAUGUCCCCUAUUAUUUACACGCCUGCGGGAGGACUUUUGAAGUGAUUUUAUUUAUUUUAUUUUCCGGGACUCCUUGUUGCCAUAAUUCCGUCCUUAAGUUUUGAAUACGAAGAAGAAGAAGAAGAAGAAGAAGAAGAAGAAGAAGAAGAAGAAGAAAUGACACCAAGAAAGAAAAGAAGAUUAUAAGGAAGAAGAUUACUACUACCAGUACUACUACUACUACUACUACUACUACUACUACUACUACUACUACAAGAUGGGGUCGGUUUGGAAGCGGUUUCAGAGGAUUAACAAAAAGGCUUCAAAGUUUCAAUUCACGGCUUCGUUUCAUGAGCUGUCCCUCACUGCAACGCCCAAGUGGCAGCCCAGUCAACUCAGCGUGGCAUGGCUUCGGAGGACUCGCCGGGAGGUUGUGGAGGCGCCCACGUGGGAGCCAUCCAUGCGCGAGCCUCUUCAGGGGCUGUGCGUGUGGCCCGUCCCUGCAAACACAACCAUUACAGUCACGCUCUUCAGGGAUGCUCGGACGCAGGACUUCGAGGAUAAGGAGUGGACCUUUGUGCUGGAGGAUGUGUCCUCCAGCGGCAAGCGUCGGCAGGUCGCAACGGCCCAGGUCAACAUGAAGCAGUACGCCGGCUUCAGCACCCAGCAGGACAUCAAGGUCAAGCUCCGCCCCCUCAGCAAGAAGGUCGCGGCAGCCUCCCUCGACCUGACCCUCACCUGUCUUUUCCUGCGUGAGGGGAAAGCCACGGACGAGGACAUGCAGAGUAUGGCGUCGCUGAUGUCCAUGAACACCCCCAACGACAUCGCCCCCCUGGAGGACUUUGACGAUGAUGACGACAACGAAGGCCGCAGUUUUAGUGAGCCUCCAAGCAGAGUCUCGACCCUCUCUCGUAAGGGAUUGAGACCCACCUUCACUUCACCAGGCUCUCCAGGGGAGUCAGCCUCACGCAGCGCUGAGUUCAGUGUCUUGGCUGCACAGAUCAGCUCCCUCACCUCCUCCUCCUUCACCUACGACCCCUACCCCCCACACCCCCACGCUGACCCCCAAUCUCCUCUCAUCCCCUUCGACGAGGAGGAGGAAGACGCAGCCACUCUUGAAGGAGGAGAGGAGUCUGCCCAGGGUAUAUCCACAGGUCCUCCUCCUCCUCUUCCUCCCUCCUCCUCCUCCUCCUCCUCCCCUCAGGACCCCCAGGAUACCCCCACCCCGCCUUCUUCCCAGGACACAGGGGAGUCUUCCGUCCAGCUGGGAGCGGGUGAUGCUGCUGAGCGGAGGCGGACUUUGGAGGAUAGACGCGCCCUGCAGCCCCUCCAUCUCACCCCCAACCAUGUCGGGUCAAAGAAGGUCAACGGAAAAGGCGGAACAGGGAAGGAGGGUGACCGAGGGGGAGGCGGGGGGUGUACGCCGGGGCAGGACCUCCUCUCCUGGUGCCAGAGUGUGACCCAGGGGUACCGCGGGGUCAAGGUCACCAACAUGACCACCUCUUGGCGAAAUGGACUCGCCUUCUGCGCAAUCAUACACCACUUCAGACCUGACCUUGUUGACUUCGAGAGCCUCUCCCCGCAGGACGUGAAGGGGAACUGUCGCAAGGCUUUUGAGGCAGGCGAACGGCUGGGUGUGACACGCCUUAUCGAGCCCCAGGACAUGGUCAUACUCACCGUGCCGGACAAGCUGGCUGUGAUGACCUACCUCUAUCAGCUACGGGCGCAUUUCACAGGACACGAGCUUGAGGUAGCGCAGAUCGGAGACACUGCAGCAGAGUCCUCCUACACUGUUGGGCGCAUGGACACAUCACAAGCGGAAGAGGACAUUCUGAACCUCCUCCAUACAGCCGAGCUGGAACACCACCAUCACCACCACCCUGGGCCUGGCGGUGGGGGUGAGGUGUCGACCGGGAACAACACCAGGGCCAGGAGGGUGUCAGAGUCCAGCCUAGGGUCGCAGAAAUCCACCGGGAGCAAGCGGAAGAGCGGAGAGUACAGCGACGGGAGCAGUGGAGGCGGAGGAGGAGGUGGAGGUGGAGGAGGGGGCAGUACCACCUCCGCGCCCUCCACUCGAGACCGGAUCUUGGCCUCGUCAAAAUCGCUGACCUCGGAGAUAUUUAAGAUUGGGACAAAAGUUCUCUCGCCCACGAAGGAGAAGACGAAGGGAGGAGGAGGAGGAGGAGGAGGAGGAGGAGAGAGUGUGGGCAAUGCUGCAAAUAAUCGGCUGUCUAGUGCCUCCCUCAGCAGCAACAGCAGCAGCAGCGAUAGGCCCGUUCUGAUGACCCAUAAACAGCUGAUCGACCCCUUCGCUUCCGAUGAGGAGGAAGAACAGGGAGGAGAUGGGGGGAAGGUUGUCUCCUCUCCUCCUCCUCCUUCUCCUCCUCCUCCUCUUUACGCCUCUUCCUCCCCCCCUGCCUCCUCCUCCCCUGUUCCUCCUCCUCCUCCUCCGACUUCUUCUAAAGAGACGAAUUUGGGAAGCAGUUCCCCCGGGCCGGCCAGCACCAGGGGGAGGGGAGUGGCACCCCCCCACCCCAGGGCCACCUCCCCCCAGCCCCCCGCCUCCCCCCCCUCGUCCCCCUCGGCAACUCGCUUGGAGCACUCAGACUCAGCGCACAGCAAGGCUUCCACCCCCCAAAUUACCCUCAGCGGACCCCCUUCAGCAGGUAGUCAGCAGGUCUCUUGUGUCCUGCUGAGUGGGUCUGGGUCUGCUGAGGAGGAGGAGGAGGAGGAGGAGGUAGGGAGGGAGGGAGAGGGGAAGAAGGAGAGGGAAGGAAAGGAGGAAGAAGAGGAAGAGAAGAGAGAAGAUGACAAAGAGGAAGAAGAGGAGGAGGAGGAGGAGGAAAAGGAAGAGAAGAAGGAGGAGGCAGAUAAGGAUGAAGAAGAGGAGGAAGAGAAGAAGAAGAAGGAGGAGGAGGAGGAAGGGGAGGAGAGGCUCGCUGACCUGCUCAUCUUCCUAGCGGGGUACACAGCAGCCUCAGAGGACAGCACAUAUUCAGCACUGCUUGCGAUGCUGACCCAGCGGCCGUCUUCAAGGCACGAGGAGCUGAAGGAGAGGGCGCGACACCUCCUGGAGCAGGCGCGGCGCGAGGCACAGAGUCAGCAGCCCGGCCCACAGCGCACCCUCUCCAAGGAGGAGGAGGAGCGACAGGCCCAGCUGAGGGAGAGGGCGAGGAGGCUGAUCGCGGAGGCUAAGCAGGGAGUGGUAGGGGCGUCUGGUACCCUGCCCCCCCCUGCCUCCACCACCACCAGUGUUAUCAGUGGUCGCCAACACUCCCAAGAGGAGGAGAUCAUCACCACCAGCCAGACACCACCACCACCACCUCCGCUCACCACCACAACCACCACCAUCACCACCUCCAAUCCUAGUGAGGAGAACGGCAACAUCGCCACAAACCAACAAACGAACAAACACAUCCGCCAGCACUCCCCCAGCCCCGCCAGCAGAGGAGGAGGAGGAGGAGGAGGAGGAGGAGGAGGCGAAGGAGGAGGAGGAGGAGUGAGGGAAGUUCGCCCCCCAAAACUCCACUCCUUUAAAAAUAUUAUUGACAGAAUGUCGGAGAGGAAG